AUGACUCUUAAGAAAAGAUUUGUAGCUUUUUGGGUAUAUGAAGCUGCUAAACCUCCUUCCAUUUUCAGACAAGGAGUCAAUGUUGUUGGGGCAUUUUCAGCAGUGGCAGCCACGGAAGGAAUCACUCAACUAACUACAGGUAAACUAAUCUCUUUGUCCGAGCAAGAGCUGGUCGACUGUGAUGUGAAUGGUGAAGACCAAGGUUGUGAGGGUGGCUUGAUGGACAAUGCAUUUGAGUUCAUCAAUCAAAAUCAUGGACUUAGUACUGAGGCUAAAUACCCCUACACCGGUGUUGAUGGUACAUGCAAUGCCCAAAAGGAAGCAAGCCAUGCAGCCUCGAUAACUGGACACGAAGAUUUGCCUGCAAAUAGUGAAAGUGCCCUUCUUAAGGUCGUUGCCAAUCAACCCAUUUCUGUUGCCAUUGAUGCUAGUGGAUCUAAUUUCCAAUUCUAUUCAAGUGGUGUUUUCACAGGAACUUGUGGAACAAGCCUAGACCAUGGUGUUACUGCUAUUGGUUAUGGCGUUAGCGAUGAUGGGACUAGGUAUUGGUUGGUUAAGAACUCAUGGGGGGCACAAUGGGGUGAAGAAGGGUACAUAAGAAUGCAAAGAGAUGUUGCUGAGAAGGAAGGCUUGUGUGGUAUUGCUAUGGCAGCCUCUUAUCCCACUACAUAG